CUUUCCUAUUAAAAGCUUCUCAAAGUAAAUUAAUUUUGAAAUUUAAUCUUGACCGUUAUUUACAUUACAACAUGCAUACUGUUAUUAAAAUAAUAGCAUAUAAGCAUAUCCCUCAAACCCUUAAAAUACCCCGUUACUAUGCAUUUCCCAUACCUACCAAAUAGAACGACAAUAAUAACAGACAAUGACCAAUACACCUCCCCUCGCUUCUUUAAAGAAAUGAAAAAUAAAUAAUAAUAAUAAUAAUAAUAAUUUUGACUUCAUCGUUUCAAUUCUUUUAUAUAAUCCAACAAAAUACACCUCCCCAUCUGCCCAUCUGCAUUAUACAAAUCUUCCCCUCCCUUCCACUACGAGUCUACAACCAUGAACGGAGCUGAAGCAAUUACAUGGCCUCAACUCCUGGGCAGCAAUAACUGGGAAGGCCUUCUAGACCCCCUCGACCUCUCCCUCCGCAAGCUCAUCCUCCGCUGCGGCGACCUCUGCCAGGCCACCUACGACGCCUUCAACAACGACCAAAACUCCAAGUACUGCGGCUCCAGCCGCUACGGCAAGGCCUCCUUCUUCCACAACCUCAUGUUCGACGCCCCCUCCGACUACCAAGUCGUCUCCUUCCUCUACGCCACCGCCAAAGUCAGCAACGCCGACGCCUUUCUUCUCCAUUCCCACUCUCGCGAGUCCUGGGACCGCGAGUCCAACUGGAUUGGCUACAUCGCCGUCACUUCCGACGAUGUCAGCCGCGCCCUCGGCCGCCGUGAAAUAUACGUCGCAUGGCGCGGCACAACAAGGAGCUACGAGUGGAUUGAUGUGUUGGGUGCUGAGCGGGCAUCUGCCAUGUCAUUGAUUCGUCCAAACGAUCCUGAAAAAGCACCGAAAAAACUUCUCUGUUUCUCUUCUGUUAAACCGUUAAGGAGAGAAAAGAUUCCAAAAGUCAUGAGGGGUUGGAUUACCAUUUACACCUCAGACGACCCCACGUCACCCUUCACAAAAACAAGCGCAAGAGCACAGCUUCUAAGCAAGAUCAAGGAGUUGACCCACCAAUACAAAGACGAGAAUUUAAGCGUCACAUUAACAGGGCACAGCCUUGGAGCAAGCUUAUCGGUCUUGAGCGCUUUCGAUCUUGUCGAGAAUGGGGUUUCCGAUAUUCCGGUUUCGGCUAUUGUUUUCGGGUGCCCGCGAGUUGGGAAUAAAGCUUUCAAUGAGAGGUUCAACAAGUACACAAAUCUGAAGGUUCUGCAUGUGAAGAACACCAUCGACGUGAUCCCGCACUAUCCGGGGCGGUGGUUGGGGUACGUGGACACGGGGAUCGAGCUGGUGAUAGAUACAAGGAAGUCGCCGAGCUUGAAGGACUCCAAGAAUCCGAGUGACUGGCAUAAUUUGCAGGCCAUGUUGCAUGUGGUGGCUGGCUGGAACGGGAAGAAGGGUGAUUUUGAGCUGAAGGUGAAGAGGAGCUUGGCUUUGGUCAACAAAUCCUCUGAGUUUCUCAAGGAUGAGUGCUUGAUUCC